CAUAUUUGACUAAAAAACGCAAUAAAUAAUAAUAAUAAUAAAACAUAGCAAACAUAGUAAAUACAUUUGAAACGAAUAUCAAUAAAAGUACCUCUGAUUUCACAGGGACAUAGAAUUAUUUUGUAUUUCUGUUACUACAGAUUGUUAGUAUCACACACAGUUACACAAUUUAAAUCUUACUGUGAAAUCUGUGGGCCUGUUUCUAUUCUGUUAAAUCUGUGCCCUUCUCAAUAAUAUCGAUGAUGAGUCAUUGGACGGCCCCAUCGGUGAUGCACAGCGUGAUCCGGCGUGCCCAUAUACUGGCCAGAAAGAGAACCAUAGUGCAGCCAUCAUCCCGACAUGCCGCGUCGGUAUAUUAUCUGCAACGGUCAUGUCAUGGAAACUUAUAUGAAAUGGUAAAAAAGCGCUCGCUUGACGCACGCACUAAAGCUGAUGCUCAGAAAAAUCCGAAUCAAAAAGUUUGUGUCCAAAAAGACAUGGAGGAGGAGGUGGAAUACGAUACCGAUGUUAUAGAGUGUCCUCCUCAUCCACAACCACGGCCUCCGCGUCAAUUUCAAGCCAAAUAUCAAGAUUAUAGCCAGGCGGCUGAUCAUAAGUUCCCAGGGGCCCCUUCCAGCAGCAAGUACAUGCCCACGGCCAAGCAGGUAUUCUUCAAGCCAGUUAAAUAUGACACCAGAACUUCUGGCACACUAUUGGAUUGGCAAAAACAAUCGGACAUGGAUAAACACAUGAGCAAGGAUCCUUGUCGGCAGAUGAGCAAGGAUCCCUUCAAGCAGCCAGCAGAGGAUCCUUGUGAGCAGUUUAAGCGAAUGAGUUUAAAAAACGAUCCGAAACAAUGUCCGCCGAGUGGAUCAGCAGCUCCAGACGGUGGUGAUGGCUGCAACGGUAAGGAUAGUGGAGACCCAAACAAAUCUCUGAAAUUAAAAUGCCUAUUCGGUGCCUUGGCCGCAAUGGUGGCUGGUGGACUGAUUGCCUGGUUUCUGGCGAGUACAAAAAACGACGAUAACAAAGGAGCCGGUGGUGGGAGUGCCGGUGACGAUAAUUCGGCAGACGCUAAACGCGGCGUAUCAGGCGUAACAAGUCCCGACAGCUCUGAGAAGCUACCCAAACAUGUGCCUUAUUUGAUCAUUGGCGGUGGCACAGCCGCCUUCUCUGCCUUCCGUUCCAUCAAGUCGAACGAUGCCAAGGCCAAGGUCCUGAUUGUUAGUAAUGAAUACCGCAAGCCCUAUAUGCGUCCGCCCCUAUCCAAGGAACUGUGGUAUACGCCCAAUACCAACGAAAAACCCAUCAAGGAUUACCGCUUUAAACAAUGGACUGGCUCCGAAAGAAGCUUGUUCUUUGAACCGGAUGAGUUUUUUGUGGAUCCCGAAAAGCUUGAGGAGAGUGUAAAUGGUGGUAUAGCCGUCGCACAAGGAUUCUCAGUGCAGAAGGUGGAUGCCCAGAAUCAUACUGUGAUAUUGAACGACGGCUAUAAGAUCACUUACGAUGAGUGCCUCAUUGCUACGGGCUGUGCCCCCAAAAAUCUGCCCAUGUUCCGGGACGCAGCGCCCAGCGUGCGCGAGAAGGUGAUGGUGUAUCGCACACCCGAUGACUUUGAUCGCCUGCGACGCUAUGCCGCCGAGAAGCGUUCGAUUACGAUUGUGGGAAAUGGAUUCAUUGGCAGCGAGCUGGCCUGCUCCCUGGCCCACUACUCGAAGGAGAAUGGCGGUGGCAAGAUCUAUCAGGUCUUCCAGGAGAGCGGCAACAUGUCCAAGGUCCUCCCCAACUAUCUGAGUCGCUGGACGAUGGCGAAGAUGAAGAAUCAGGGUGUGUGCGUCAUCCCGAAUGCCAGCAUCAAGUCGGCCACCAGAGACGAGGAGUCGCUCAAAUUGGAACUGAACAAUGGCAUGACACUGCUAUCCGAUAUUGUGGUGGUUUGUGUGGGCUGUUCGCCCAACACAAAUCUAGCGUCGCCCAGCAAACUGGAGUUGGAUCGUACCCUGGGCGGUUUUGUGGUCAAUGCAGAACUGGAGGCACGCCGGAAUCUGUAUGUGGCUGGCGAUGUUUCUUGCUUUUAUGAUCCUUUGUUGGGCCGGCGACGAGUUGAACAUCAUGAUCAUUCGGUGGUCUCUGGCAAAUUGGCAGGAGAGAAUAUGACAGGAGCAAAGAAACCCUAUGUGCAUCAGAGCAUGUUCUGGUCAGAUCUGGGUCCUGAAAUUGGCUACGAGGGCAUUGGCUUGGCUGACUCUUCUCUUCCCACCGUGGGCAUCUUUGCCCUGCCCUCAGCAACCGACGCACGACCGAGCACAGACAACUUGACCAUAAAUCGAGAGGAGGACGAUGGCAGCAAGCAUACGAUUAUAAUUGAUGAAAAAUCAAAUUCAGAUGUGGUCACCUGUGAUGAUGAUGCCCAUGGAGAGCAGCCGAACUACGGCCGGGGUGUGAUCUUCUAUUUAAAGAAUGAAAAGAUUGUUGGCGUUCUCAUGUGGAACCUCUUUAGCCGCGUAGGCUUAGCUAGGACGAUAAUUAAUCAAAAUAAGAAGUACGAUGACCUCAAUGAGGUCGCCAAGUUGUUUGAAAUCCACUCUUAGUAGUGGAUCUUCCUCCCAUUACCACCACCAUUACCCCCUAGCAACAACAAAAACCAAACAUGUAUAUAUGCGAUUUCCGCCAUCAAACAGAAAUUUUAGCUCCAAUUUUUCGGUUUUUUUUUUGGAACCCCCCUUUAGUCAAUCACUCGUCGACUAACGUAUAUGCACAUAGAUGAUGACCAUAUAGAUAGAUAUAUUACGAACGUAUAUGUAAGGCGAUGUGACGAGGACUGUGUUGAACUUUUGUGUGUGUU